AUGGAUUUAGAAUUGACGAUUAUAUGACUUGCUGCUUCAACGCUAAUCGCUCUUGGAUAUAUCGUUUACACUCAAAAUGAUUUUAUAAAAUUAAUACACAGAAAACGUGCUGAAAAAGGUCAGCAUGCGGAGACUUGCAAAAAUAGUGCAAAAACCGCAAAAAUUAAAUUCAAUUUUCCGAUUGUUUUUUAUUUUUACGAAAAAAAUCAUUUUUUUGCAUUUUUGCAAAGUCCCUCAGCAUGCCAUAACUGAUGAUGGGCAGUCAAUCGAUAUGCCUAGAAAACGGCAAAAAUUGGACGAAUCGUUAUCUGAAGAGCCAGAAGAUGAAAAAAUUAUCACAAAAGGAUUUGAGGAAUCUGACGAAAGGAGUCUACAAGUGAUAAAUUCUCAAAACGACACGAGCGUAGAAGAUUUCGUUGAAGAAAUUUGCCAAGAUACUCAAGUCGAGCUGCCAAUGAAGAGAGAAUAUGACUUACUCCCCCCCUCCGUGAGUGAACAAAAAAAUUUUGUUCACUCACGGAGGGGGGGUUAAUUUUUUUUUUUUAAAAAAAAUUUAUAUAUAAAUUUUAUAAAAAUAUUUUUUUUUCGAAAUUUAAAAAAAUCCUAAUUCGCAAAAACUGGAAAGCAAAUAUUAAUUUAAUUUAUAAAAUUUUAUGUUUUAAAAAGCAAUUCGUUUAAAAUUAAACAGAAUUAGCUCCAGAUUUCAUUAUAUAAUUAUCAUUUUAUAUAUCAAAAUUUUUUUCAGUAAAAAAUUUUUAUUCACUCACGGAGGGUGGGUUUUUGGGCAAAAAAAUAGCGAUUUUUCUAAUGGUUUUGUUCACUCACGGAGGGGGGGGAGUUAGCCUCUUCUUUUAACAAAAAAGCUGAAUUUUAUAGUCAUCUGAAAGACGACAUGCCAACUCAGAUCCAAAAACUUAAUGAGAGCUUGGCAAGACCCAACGGCCGACAGCUUUAUAUACACUCCAAUUUCAAAGAUUACUCACUCUACCCAUUUGAAGAAUAUUACCAAUGUGAAACCCAAAAAGAGAAAAAUGAAAAAAAUUAUGUUUAUAGUCAAUCAUUUGUCAGAUAUUCUGAAGAAAUUGAUUUCUCAGUCCAAAAGCAUGUAGACUUCAAUUGCUUUAAAAAUUGGAAGCUAAAACGAAAGGCUGAGCUGAAAAAAGAGCUUGAGUUCGAGAAGCCUGCAAUAAUCCCAGAAGAAAAAUCAAGCAAAAAUAAAUUCAGAAGCGAUAUAGGUGAUAUAAGCUCCCCAUCACUUUUAUCAGCUUUAUAUGAUAAGAAUGAAGAUGUAUGAAGCAAAGCAAAUUAUAAUAGCUAUAAGAGUAAUAGCAAUAUUAAAGAAAUUGUGACAAAAAACUCAGUUUCUAGAAAAGACAUUAGAAAGAUAGAUGAAGGCAAUAAACUUGCGAUAAAAAUUGAUCAUAAAAGUACAGAAGAUAAAACAGCAUGCUGGACUCCAGCAACUCCAACUUUUAACCGUAAAAAUCCAAUAAAUGUUGAGGAGACAUGUAGUGCUGAUGGGCUGAUAAAAGAAGCAAAAACUGCUGCGAGCUCUGAGCAAGAAACAAGUAAAAUUUCAAAGACUUUUGGUUCUUCAGCAAAAUUCCCUUCAAAUGAUAAUUCUACUGAAAAAUCAGCAGCAUCGUUAAAUUCUUCACACUCAAUUAGUCCUUUUAGCACUCAUCCACAGAACUCUAAGCUGGAAGAUCUCAAAAUAAAAUUUGCAUUACAUCAAGAUGCUCCAAGUCCUUUUUCUGGCAGCUACCAAUUUAAAGAUUCCAUUUUUUCGCCUUUAAACCCAACAUCUCAAGCCUCAUUUGUAUCAAACCCUCUGUUAACACCUAACUCCCCAGUAAUAUUCGAUAGGGGGCUUUAGCAUAGAAUUUUAAAUAGUGAAUUUUAUAUGAACAGAUCGAAAUUUGCUUUAUUAUUGGAGCACAUGCCCAAAAUUUUAAUUUAUCACAUUUUACUUACUCCCCCCCCUCCGUGAGUGAACAAAAAAAUUUUUGUUCACUCAUGGAGGGGGGUUAAUUUUAUUUUUUUUAAAAAAAAUUAUAUAUAAAUUUUCUAAAAAAUAUUUUUUUUCGAAAUUUUAAAAAAAUUCUAAUUCGCAAAAAUUGGAAAGCAAAUAUUAAUUUAAUUUAUAAAAUUUAUGUUUUAAAAAGCAAUUCGUUUAAAAUUAAACAGAAUUAGCUCUAGAUUUCAUUAUAAUAAUUAUCAUUUAUAUAUCAAAUUUUUUUUCCAUAAAAAAUUUUUAUUCACUCACGGAGGGUAGGUUUUUGGGCAAAAAAUAGCGAUUUUUCUAAUGGUUUUUGUUCACUCACGGAGGGGGGGGGAGUUAGCACCCCAAGAGUAAGCAAGUUUCAAUCUAUUCAUAUAAAAUUUUCUAUUUAAAAAUUCUAUGCUAAAUCCCACAAAUAAGCAAAGAAAUUUCCUUAUUGCUGGGGUUUAGUAAGUAA